UCGUAAAAAAAUGUAAGAUGAAUUUGAGCAACUUUUAGAAGAAAUCGCAGACCGGUCUCGCGUUUGGCCGCUUGGCAGUUCGAGUGUCAGCCAAAUGCUUCAUAUUUGAAAGAUACUUAAGGUGCUAAUAGUUAUCGCCCUCUCUCUUUCUCCCUGCAUGUCAGCGUAUUUUCUCAGUUGUGUGUCGAAUGGCCCGACAAACAGAGAUCGCAGAGCAAACAGAAGGAAAACAAAUAUUCCGCCGCUGCCGUGAACGGCGAAGUGGCGUUCCAACGCCGUGUCUUUCAAUUCAGCAAAUGUUGUCGAAAAUCCUCGCUACUCGCGAGUCUAAUUCGUCAUCAAACGUUCUCGCGGCCAGGCGCUCGCGAAUCGAUACGCGCGACCUCGUCGUCCUCCAGGUCUGGAUUUAACAUUUUGCCCCCCGCGUCGCCCCGAACGGGGUCAUCUCGAGUUUACCGUCAUGCCAGGGCACGCGAUUACACGCGCUCACGUGCCGACCGCUUUUACAGGUAGGCAGCCGUCGUAGGUCGGAAUUGUUUGCACCGCAGGUUGCUAUCGCGACCAAGUUCUCCGUUGUUACGCAGGCGCGCGCUAGGCGAUCUACCUGCGCCUUCUGACAGGUAGAUCGUUAUGACUCGAAUAAGAAGAAACGGAGCGCGCCGAAGAGGACGAUGAGAGGAGGUGCACCGGUGUCAUGGGCGAAUCGACUGCGCUCUACCUGCACGAUCGACGCUACGUCCUACGCACGGAUGCGAAACAGUACGAUGAUCUCAGAGACGAAGUGGAAAGGCUACGGAUUAUGUUCACGGUCGCAACGACGUUGACCUGUCUGUCGUUAUGCGGGGUACUGUACCUGUUGGGAAGGACUCUAAUACGGUGGGAAAAGAUUCAAAACACCUUGCGAGCGCUAUUCAGGAAGAAUUGGGCGAAGAAGGCAGCAAAUAAAAAUAAAGUGCAAGACGACGUCGAGGCUAACGCGACUAAACAGAAUGGCCUGAAGCUAAGCAUGCCGACUAUAAGCGCCACGGUGGACAUAAAUAGGAGCACCGGGAAUAAUAACGAUACACCGGAGACCACGAGCACCUCUCUCUCGCGGAGGCAUCCCAGUGAGGACACCACUCUCGACUACGCCUACGAUAAUCCGGCAAUGACGCCGAGCCCGGAGGCUGCUCAGCUCAGAACCAAACGCGAGAGCUCAUUUUGAGGCGUGAUUGCGAUUCCGAUAGGCAUUCAAUUGCGGUAAGAAUGCACGUAGAGUUACAUCAUCGUCGACUUGCGACCAAACUUCCGAUUUCGGAAGCCGAGUUCGAUAAAAAUUUGAAGAUAUUUAUAU